AUGGUCAACAUUGAGCCUUCAAAUCGUCUUAAGGGAAAAUAUGUGGCUAUAGUGGUUUGUUGGCUUCUUGGCAAUGGAUGUCUUUUCUCAUGGAAUAGUAUGCUCACAAUACAAGAUUACUAUAUCAACCUGUUUCCGAAAUAUCAUCCAUCUAGAGUGUUUACACUUGUAUACCAACCAUUUGCAGUUGGAACAAUUUUUAUUCUUGCUUAUAAUGAGGCAAAAGUCAAUACUAGAUUAAGAAACCUGUUUGGAUAUACCCUCUUUUUCAUAGCCACUUUGUUGGUGUUAAUAUUGAAUUUAGCAACAUCAGGUAAAGGAGGAAUUGGAACUUUUAUUGGUAUAUGUGCAAUUAGUGGUGCAUUUGGAAUUGCAGAUGCUCAUGUUCAAGGUGGAAUGGUGGGAGAUUUGUCUUACAUGCAACCCGAAUUCAUCCAGUCUUUCCUUGCUGGUUUGGCAGCAUCUGGUGUAUUAACAUCUGGUUUAAGGUUAAUCACAAAAGCAACAUUUAACAAUUCUAAGGGAGGUCUUAGAAAAGGAGCUAUUCUAUUCUUUGCCAUAUCAACAUUCUUUGAACUUCUGUGUGUUCUUCUCUAUGCAUUUGUUUUUCCAAAAAUACCAAUUGUGAAGUAUUACCGUACAAAAGCAGCAUCAGAAGGAUGCAAAACUGUUUUACCAGAUCUUGCAGCAAGUGACAUCCAAACAAUACCCAAAGAAGAUGAAGAUCAUACAAAAACACAAGAGAGGAAAGGAAACAAGCAAUUGUUAAUUGAAAAUAUUGAUUAUUUACUUGACAUGUUUCUAAUAUAUGCAUUGACACUAUCUAUUUUCCCUGGAUUUCUUUUUGAAGAUACUGGAGCACAUAGUUUGGGAUCUUGGUAUGCACUUGUGUUAGUUGCAAUGUAUAACGUGGGGGAUCUAAUAGGAAGAUACAUUCCACUCUUAGAAUUCUUGAAAUUGGAGUCACGAAAGUUGAUCACAGUAGCAAUUCUAUGUCGAUUUUUACUUGUUCCGGCGUUUUAUUUCACUGCAAAGUAUGGUGAACAAGGAUGGAUGAUAAUGUUGACCUCAUUCUUGGGGUUAUCCAAUGGUUACCUCACUGUCUGUAUUAUGACAUCUGCACCGAAAGGUUACAAGGGUCCAGAACAAAAUGCAUUGGGGAAUUUGUUGGUGUUGUUUCUAUUAUGUGGUAUUUUUGCAGGGGUGACAUUAGAUUGGUUGUGGUUGAUAGGUAAAGGUUGGUAA